UGCUUAUUAAAUCGAAUGGAAGCUAUAAGCUAAUGAAGAAAGAUUGCCGCUCUUUUCCAUAAUCUACAAUUAAAUCGAAUGGUUUCUGUUUAUCAAACUCGAAUUUCUCUUCAGAAAAUGGGAUGGCAGUUUCAAGAAAAUGCUUCGUCUGUUUUUAAUACAUUGUUGUGUAAAAUUAAACAGUAAUGCUACAUAAAUAGGAAAGCAUAGAACUUAUAUUCAAUACUAUCAAAGAAGCCUGCAUUUUUUUGUAAAAUUUUAUUUUGUAAUGCAUAAAGCUUACAGCAACAAAAUCUCCUCGUUGUAAAUUAAUCAAAAUGACACGCUCUUGAAAAAUACAUAAUAUUGAUCUUUCGUUUCUUACUUUUACCAAGUUAGAAAUUAUCAAUCUACUUGAAGUUACAAAACAUUUCUUGGUUUCAUUAGAGAUUUUGAGCUUUGAUUAUUCAAGCAGUUUUUUUGUAAAAUAAAGAGAGAAGUGCUGUUCAAAUCACAAUUCUAAAGGAUGAUCCUUCAGAAUCAACUGACAUCAUUAAAAUAUCCUGUCCAGUGAACCAGUUUUUCGUAAAUUUUUUAAGUUAUAGUUAGCUAUAAAUCAAAUGCUGUUGCUUUGUUGAAAGAAUAUUCGGGCUUGUCUUGAGAAUCAAAGAUUAUUCAUUUUAUUAAAAAGCAUGGAUCUGCUUAUGAGAAUUCAUGAUAUGUUUAGAUAUUUAGAAUUAUUGAACAAGAUGGACUUAUUUACAGUAAUAUCUUUAAUUAAACUUUAUACAUCGCUUUUCAAAGCUUAUACUUAUUGUAGAUAAAUUGAGUACUGUUAUGUCGUAGUUUAUUUCAAUGGAAAAAAUCUAUACAGGCGCGGAAUAUAUUUUAAUUCAAGGUCAGUCAUCUAACUCAUUGUAGCUAUGGAAAAACCAUUUUCGUGUCACAUCUGUAACAAAAGUUUUACUCAGAACGUCUCUCUCACACGUCACAUUUUGAUUCACUCUGGCGUAAAACCGUUUUCUUGUGUCAUGUGUAACAAAAGCUUUUUGCAGAAGAUUCAGCUUAGAACUCAUUAUAUGAGUCAUACUGGUGAAAAACCUUUUUCUUGUGAUGUAUGCAGCAAAAGUUUUUGCCACAAGUUUCAAUUCAAUCAACAUGUUCUUAUCCAUACUGGUAAAAAACUAUUUUCCUGUCAAGUGUGCAAUAAGAGUUUUUACAGAAAAUGCUAUCUAGCUCAGCAUAUUCUUGUUCAUACUGGUGAUAAACCUUUUGUCUGUGAAAUAUGCAACAAAAGUUUUCCGUGUAAAAAAAAUCUAAGUCGGCAUAGGCUUGUCCAUACUGGGGAGAAACCUCACGCUUGCACCAUAUGUAGUAAAAGUUUUACUUCAACAUCUCAUUUGCGUUCACAUUAUCUCCUUCAUACUGGUGAAAAACCAUUUUCCUGCAGCAUAUGUAAUAAAAGUUUUACUGCUAAUUCUACCUUGACACAUCACCUUCGUCUUCACACUGGUGAAAAACCGUACUCUUGUAGCGAAUGUGGAAAAUGUUAUGCACAAAAAUCUAACUUGAAGGUUCAUGCUUCUACCCAUAUUAAGAAAACUUAGUUGUUAUGAUGCUUAAGUUUUACUUCAACAUCUUAUUUGCGUUCAUAUUAUCUCCUUCAUACUGGCGAAGAACCAUUUUCCUGCAGCAUAUGUAAUAAAAGUUUUACUGCUAAUUCUACCUUAACACAUCACCUUCGUCUUCACACUGGUUAAAAAACGUACUCUUGUAGCGAAUGUGGAAAAAGUUACGCACAAAAAUCUAACUUGAAGGUUCAUGCUUCUACCCAUAUUGAGAAAACUUAGUUGUUAUGAUGCUUAAGUUUUACUUCGACAUCUCAUUUGCGUUCACAUUAUCUACUUCAUAUUGGUGAAAAACCAUUUUCCUGCACCAUAUGUAAUAAAAGUUUUGCUUAAAACAUCACCUCCUUCUUCAUACUGGUAAAAGUUACGCACAAAAAUUUAAAUUGAAGGUUCGUACUUCUACUCAUAUUGAAAAAACUUAGUUGUUAUGAUGCUUACGAAUUAUGAUGAACAAAAUUCCUUUACUACAAAAAUAUUAAGUGUCACUGUGUAAUAAGUGUGUGCAAUAUUGCUGAAAUAUCUUAAAUAUAUAGCAUAGGAAAUAAGAUACGGAGGGGGCAGCACAUUUAACACUCAGAGUGUAAUUUUAAACCCAGCCCAGAAGAAAUAAAAUAGUGAUUCAUAGAUUAAGAAUUGGUGUGAACUUAGUGAAAAAAAAAACACGUAAACAUCUCACAGUUAUUUCUAUAGUGAGAAAACUCUAACUAAACUAGUGAGAUAUUGAACCUUGAGUAAAAUGUAUUUACUCAAGAAAAUAUUUAAUGUUAUUGAUUGCUGCUGCUACUCACACGUGCUUUUGUUCAAUGUAAGCGUUAUAAAUGUAACAAAAUAUAUAACUGAAAAUAUAACAAAAUGCUCUUAAUAAGGUUUUUGUCAUUGUAGAAAUAAAAAUGAUUUUAUAUUCAGAAAAAAAAAUAUUUUUAUAUUUUUUUGCUUAAAAAAAUACUUAAUUUUCGAUUUGUAAAAUUUAUUUAUGAAAAAAUAUGUUUCGGUUUUAACGUGCACUUUUAUUUACUUGGUAAUUUAGUAACAAUAAAUAUGAAAUUUUUAAGGAAA